AUUUAAAAAAACAAGUUCCGCCCACCCUUGAAGCAGGUGUGCGCCAUACACAAAAACACAAUUACAAAUACAGAUACUAAUAAAAACAUAGGCAGCCGCAAAACACAACACAACUCAACUUUCUUCUUCUCCUUCUCUCUCCAUCAGCCCCCAUGGCCACGCGCCACCGCGGCCUCCGCCUCCUCUCCUUCCUCAGCCUCAUUUGCCUCUCCGCCGCGGACGACUCCGCCGCCAUGUCCAAGCUCCUGUCCUCCCUCUCCACGCCCCCUCGCGGCUGGUCCUCCUCCGCCCACUUCUGCACCUGGAACAACGUCAAGUGCGACUCCACCAACUCCUUCGUCACCAGCAUUAACCUCGACUCCGCCGCCGUCUCCGGCACUCUGCCUCCCGAAACCAACCAGCUCUCCCAGCUCCAAUCCCUCGCCGUCCAGCAAAACUCCCUUACCGGAGCCCUACCUUCCUUCCAAAAUAUGACCUCUCUCGAGCAACUCUACCUCGACAACAAUGAUUUCACUUCAAUCCCCAACAACUUCCUCGCAGGCCUCACCAAUCUCCAGGUUUUCAGCAUAAGUGAAAACAACAAGCUCGCUUCCUGGCAAAUCCCAACUUAUUUGACCGAUAGUUCAAAUCUUGUCAAGUUCUACGCCAGCAAUGCUAGCAUUAAUGGCGUCAUUCCAGACAUUUUCGAUUCCUUCCCCAAUUUGCAGGAUUUGAGGCUAUCCUACAACAACUUGACCGGAUCUCUGCCGGGAUCUUUCUCCGGAUCGGAGAUUCGGAAUCUGUGGCUCAACAAUCAGGACCAAGGCUUAUCUGGAAGUAUCGAUGUGCUUUCUGAUAUGUCUCAGCUGUCACAGGUUUGGCUGCACGCUAAUGCGUUUUCCGGUGGAAUUCCCGAUUUAUCAAAGUGCACAAAUCUGUUUGAUCUGCAGCUGAGGGAUAAUAGGUUUACUGGGAUAGUGCCGCCUUCUUUGAUUAACUUGCCCAAUCUUCUUAACAUUACAUUGCAAAACAAUAAGCUGCAGGGCCCUUACCCUAAGUUUCCAGAUAGAAUUCAAACUAAUUUAGGGCCUACUACUAAUAGCUUCUGUUUGGAUCAACCGGGGCCGUGUGAUCCGCAGGUCAGCGCGCUUCUUGAUGUGGCAGGUGCUCUCGGGUAUCCAAUGGCGCUGGCGGAGGCGUGGGAAGGGAACAAUGCUUGCCAAGAAUGGCGAUUCAUCAUCUGCGAUUCGCAGAGGAGGAAUGUGACGCUUGUCAACAUGGGGAAGCAGGGGUUUUCAGGCACUAUAUCGCCUGCCUUUGCCAAUCUCACUUCGUUGAGGACUUUGGUGUUGAGUGAUAACAGGCUCACUGGUGAGAUCCCUUCUGUCUUGACUACUUUGCCGCAGCUUCAGACAUUUGAUGUGUCGAAUAAUAAUUUAACGGGGCCGAUUUUGAGCUUUCCUCAUAAUGUGAGUUUUUCAUAUGGUGGAAAUGUGUUGCUUGGUAAGAGUGAUAGUAGUGGUGGUGGUGGUGGAGGUGGUGCCGGUGGAUCCGGUGCGAAUCCGAGCCAGUCGGAUGGGGGCUCUGGAUCUUCGAAGAAGUCUCCAUCGGUUGGUAUGGUUGUUGGGGUGGUUAUAGCUGUUCUUGUUUUUGUUGGAAUUCUGUUGUUUGUGUCUUAUAAAUGCUAUUUGAAGAGACGGCAUAAGAGGUUUAGGGUGAUUGAGGGGUCUGAGCAGGGGAAGGAGAUGGUUAUGAGCAAUGGAGUGAGUGGAUAUGCCGGUGUCUCGAGUGAGAUCAUGAGCCAGAGCAGUGGUGAUCAUAGCGAGAUGCCCGUUUUCGAGGGUGGCAACGUUGCCAUCUCGAUUCAGGUUCUUAGGCAAGUGACGGAUAAUUUCAGUGAAGAGAAUAUCUUGGGUAGAGGAGGGUUUGGGGUCGUGUACAAGGGCGAGUUGCACGAUGGGACCAAGAUUGCAGUCAAGAGGAUGGAGUCGGGUGCUAUGGGUACGAAAGGGAUGAAUGAGUUUCAGGCAGAGAUCGCGGUCCUAACCAAAGUUCGUCACAGACACCUGGUUGCUCUUUUAGGUUACUGUAUAAACGGCCAUGAGAGGCUCUUGGUGUAUGAGUACAUGCCGCAGGGGCAUUUAGGCCAGCAUUUGUUUGAAUGGGAGGAACAUGGCUAUCAGCUUCUCACCUGGAAGCAACGGGUGACAAUAGCGUUGGAUGUGGCCAGAGGAGUCGAGUAUCUGCACAGUUUGGCGCAGCAGAGUUUCAUUCACAGAGAUUUGAAGCCGUCAAAUAUACUCCUGUCUGAUGACAUGAGAGCCAAGGUGGCAGAUUUUGGAUUGGUGAGAAAUGCACCUGAUGGCAAGUAUUCUGUUGAGACGCGGUUGGCUGGAACAUUUGGGUAUCUUGCACCUGAAUAUGCUGCUACUGGAAGAGUGACAACGAAAGUCGAUGUCUACGCCUUUGGAGUUGUGUUAAUGGAGAUUUUAACUGGUAGAAAAGCCCUCGAUGAGAACAUGCCAGACGAGAGGUCCCAUCUGGUGACAUGGUUCCGCAGGGUCCUUAUCAGCAAAGAAAACCUCCAGAAGUCCAUCGACCAGAACCUUCAACCAGACGAUGAAACUUAUGAAAGCAUCUGCAAGGUUGCCGAGCUGGCUGGCCAUUGCACUGCUCGUGAGCCAUUCCAGAGGCCCGACAUGGGGCAUGCAGUGAACGUCCUGGGACCUCUCGUGGAGCAGUGGAAACCUUCUAGAACCCCGGAGGACGAAGGUGAUGGUGUCAACCUCCACAUGAGCCUCCCUCAAGCCCUACAGAGAUGGCAAGCCGAUGAGGGUACUUCUAGAAUGUUCGAUGAUUUCUCCUACAGCCAGACGCAGUCGAGCAUCCCUUCGAAACCUUCUGGAUUCGCGGACACGUUUAGCUCCACGGAUUGUAGAUGAUACAAAAAGCAGUUUCAUUUCGUGAUCAAAGGAUAACUGGAGAAUCACAUACAGGUUAAGUUUAAGUCUGUUUUGGAAUAUGUUGCAUUUCGUAUGUUGUAUUUAAUUUUCCUUCACCUCAUUUUUGAGCCUCAAAAGGAAGAUUGCUAGUUGUAUUUAAUUUAUUCUUUUUUUUCACUUGACUUGUACAAUAUUAUAGCUCUAUCCUCCCCCACUUUUGAUAGUAAACUUGGAAAAAGAAAUGUAUUGAUGGAUUGUGUUGAUCUAACUCUUUGAAGUCAAGAAAUCAAUUUUGAAAAUUCAACAUGGAAA